CCUAUUUCCUUCCUCAGAGAGGCUUGGGAUAUGCCAGCGGAGAAGUCAAACAGGCACAUCACUUGAGUUCAGACUGUGAGGCAGAUUAGUAGGCUAAAACAAAAUGCUCUGAUAACUUAAUCCAGCGUGUUUGCGAGGUGAAGAGUGCAUUCUUAUCAACUAUGGCAUUCACUCUGUCUCUGUCUGCCAGAGUGAGUAUUUUUCUGGCUUUGUUUUCUUGCGGAAAUACCGUUACGCGUAACUGCGUAUGCAAAAACGACGUCUGCAAAGCAGCUUUUACGCUUUCUUCUAAUUUCCACACUGCCAAAGAACUUUGCGAAGACAUGGGGGGUCAACUAAUGGCAGUUCCAUCGCAACUCACCAAUGACGAGCUAAAAGACUUACUUAGCAAAACCAACGGGGAGUUUUGGAUUGGUCUGCGUCUACCCCAUGGCCAGUGUACAGAUGUGACGUUGCCAUUGAAAGGUUACAGGUGGACAUCUGAUCCCUCAGUUACACAGUACGCAAAGUGGAGAGGCCAUGAGAAAGUUUGCUCAUCGCACUGUGUAUCGGUGUCUGUCGACCUGAAAUGGACUGAGCAACUAUGUAAACUCAAACGCGCCGGAUUUUUGUGUGAAAAGAUUCGAAUAGAUGUAUGCUCCAGCUUCGUAUUAGAAAAGAAGGAAAGCAUCGUCUUCAACGACCUCCAUCCACGGUAUUCAACAGCCCCGUGCGCAGCUGGCAUGUGUGAGCAUCGUUGCCAAGCGAAAGGUGCUGGUUCGUAUACCUGUUCUUGUUAUGAUGGCUUCGCUGUAAGUAAGAAAGAGCAACACCACUGCGUCCCCAACAACUGUUUAGACGAUCGCUGCGAACCCUCUUGUGUGGGCGACGCCGAGUCCUCCAGCUGCACGUGCCAGGGUGGCUAUUUACUUCAUGAGGAACAUGCCGCCAAGAUUUGUGAGGAUAUUAACGAAUGUGAACAGAACAGCUGUGACGAUUUUUGUUACAACUCACUGGGAAGUUAUGAGUGCUCGUGCCAAAACGGUUAUAGACUUGAGGCCAAUGGUAAAUGUGUGAAGAUGAAAAUUGAAAGUAAUGAAAUCGAUGGUAUUGGCUGGGCAACUCGCAGGCCUGACCUCCAAUUAACACCUUCCUUGAAUUACACACGCCAUGCAUCUGUUGGCAGCCCUGGCAAGUCCAUUGGUAUAAUAGUGGUGGUCGCCGUUGGAAUUAUUGGAGUUAUAUUUUUUGUACGUUACUGGAAACAAAAAAUCGACGAACCUAGCACCAGUUUAACAUCUAAUGCAGAUGAUGUGCAAGUUCAUGUGUAAAAAUAUGGGUCCAUUGUAUCCAAUUCAGUGGAUAUCUGACUAGUAAACCUAUUUACAUUA